GAACUUUCAUGGAGCUCCAGAGCACUCUGAGAGGCAACGUGCUGGGACUGGAGGAACUUACCCCUCCUCAGCACUAGGGGACAAGAAGAGCAGGAAAGGACAGGCAGGAGUGAACUGUGUAACCAUUACCAACAACAGCUAUUCUGUAGUCCUGUCAAUCCAUGCAGAUAGAAAUAAGUCAUUUAAUUACUACAGUCAUUUAAAAAUCUUUCCCUUGCAUUUGUCCAGCUCAGAUGGAACCUCCCCUUGUAUGCAAAACAGGUUGGAGACUAGUUGGUAGGAGUGUGGUGAACCUCCCUUUUAUCGUAUCCAAUAAGAGUGCUUUUUUCCUUUACUUUUGACGUGACUUCCAGGAGGCACAGAGUGAAAGAGAUGGAAGAGCAAAAAUUGAUCUCCAGGUAGAUAUGUGCUUUCUGCAGCUGCUUAAGCAACCUUCAGUUUGUCUCCAUCUGGUCCUGAAUUAUCAAGACAGCCUUCAAAAACAUGAGGAUCUGAUACACAGCCAAUAGCCACUGUAGCACUUUCCUAUUUAUCUAAAUCGUGGAGAAUCCUCAACGCUCAAGACAGCAUUGCAAGUCUUGCCUCAGCUGAGCGUGAUGGCUUCAAUUCCUGUCCUGAAGCAAGAGACGUUGUUCCGGAACAGUACAUGGAGCUACCGAAUUCCAGCCCUGCUCUACCUGCCGCGUUUCAGCAUCAUCCUGGCAUUUGCUGAAGAACGAGAGGAUGUGGUAGAUGAACAUGCCAAGCUGAUAGCAAUGCGCAGAGGCAUGUAUGACCCAACCACGCACCAUGUUCAGUGGAGUAGCAUGGAGACCAUUGUCAGUGCACAGCUGAAAGAUCACCGCUCUAUGAAUCCCUGUCCUGUUUAUGACGAGGUCUCAGGGAAACUGAUCCUGUUCUUCAUAGCCGUCCCAGGAAAGAUCUCUGAGCAGCACCAGCUCAGGACGAAGACCAACCUGGUGCGUCUCUGCUACAUCACUAGCAUGGACCAAGGACGCACCUGGAGCACUGUCCAGGAUAUCACCGAGGGUACCAUUAGCUCCGAGUACAAGAAGUGGGCCACCUUCGCAGUGGGGCCAGGCCACGGAUUACAGCUGCUCAAUGAGGCCCGGAGCCUUGUGAUUCCUGCCUAUGCCUAUCGUAUCCUUGACCCUAAGCAGCACCCCACCCCUCACGCCUUCUGCUUCAUCAGCUCUGACCAUGGGACGACAUGGGAGAUGGGGAACUUUGUGGGGAAGGAGAGUGCGGUGGAGUGCCAGGUAGCUGAGGUACACACCUGUGGCAGGAGGGUGCUCUACUGCAACGCAAGGAGCAGCAAGGGAGCAAGAAUCCAGGCCGUCAGCUACAACCACGGGGUGGAUUUUGAGGGAGGCCAACGGGUUGAAAUGCUUGUAGAGCCUCCCUUUGGAUGUCAUGGAAGUGUUACUGCCUUCCCACCUCCCCGUGAUGCCAGGUGCCAAGAUAGUUGGUUGCUCUACACUCAUCCUACAGACCCAAAGGGUCGAAGAGAUUUAGGAAUUUACCUCAAUAAAACCCCUUUAAACCCAGAACAGUGGACAAAACCAAGCAUCCUCUUCAAGGGUUUAUGUGCUUAUUCAGAUCUGCAGUACAUGGGGGUUGGGCCAGAUGGCUCACCCUUGUUCUCCUGCCUUUUUGAAUAUGGGACUCAACAGCAAUGUGAAGAGAUAAUAUUUGUAAUGUUCACUCUGAAGCAAGCCUUCCCAUCUGAGUGCUGAGUCUUGAGCCUUUUCAGCGGGAUCCAUCUGAAAACCACCUUUGCUGGUGCUUCUUUUCACUGUCACUUCUCAUCUUUCAGCAAAAAGGUUUUUGUAUUUUGUGCACCAUUGGUUUGCCAUUGGCUUGUACCAUUUGUAGAUUACGAAGUCUAUUAAACAUACUAAAACUAAA